AUGGAUACUGGUGAAUUCGUUCAGUCGAAAUUUGCUCAGGCGCUCAAAACCCAGAACACAGUCACAAGGUCCUACCCCUGUCCUUAUCCAGGACACGAAGGCCGGAUUUUCCCGAACGCUGAACAGCUAUAUGACCAUGGAAGGAUAGACCAUCGUGCCGAUUUUGAGGGCUUGAACUCGAGACAGGCACGAGAUAAGUUUCGCGAGCUGAGUAUAAAGUUCAGAAGGUCGGAUCACUCGUCAGCUGCAACUGCGGGAGAUCGGUCAGCACCUGAUAUUGGAGGUCUUACUAUAGAUUCAGGAAAGAACUCCCGACAGAACUCGCCACCGUCCGGUAGGAAACGACCGGCAGAGCAUGAGUUUACUAGUCCGAGGGGAAAGGGUCCUUCUCAUGUGGAGGUAGUCGAUUCGGAAUACUCGAGACAGAUUCCUCAUACUGUUGUAUCGGAUCGGACACGACCGAAACCACAAGAUGCACGCCUCUUUGACCCAAAGCAGAGCACCAAAGGUACUCCAUCUCCAUACCAGACGACGCCCGAGCCCUCCAGCGAAUGGUCAAUGGAAGCUACGAAGAGCAAUCAAUUACAAUCCUUGCAACCUCAAUCCCCUGCUCAUUCAACACAACGAUCUAUUCUUAAACCUCAACAAUCUCAACGCCAACCAGGCCUUAUUGAGCUCCAGCGCUAUGAUCCUCGGUAUCCAGGUCUACUGUUGCAGCCAGAUAGUAGGCCUAUCUCUCAAGAGCAACUUGCAUCUGAAGUGAAAUCAAUCUAUGCGGGACUAACUAUGGUGGAGACUAAGUGUAUACACGUUGAUCGUGCGCAAGCUGCAGCUGCGCAAGACAGCGACACCAAGCUUGCAUCUGAUCAUUGGCAGGCCUUAAUCGCUCUUCAUCGCACUCUUCUACACGAGCAUCACGAUUUCUUUCUAGCUAGUCAACACCCUUCUGCAUCGCCAGCUCUUCGUCGUCUUGCGGCUAAAUAUUCCAUGCCUGCGCGGAUGUGGAAGCAUGGGAUUCAUUCCUUUUUGGAACUACUUCGAAGACGUCUUCCCGACAGUAUCGAUUAUAUGUUGGCGUUCAUAUAUUUAGCCUAUCAAAUGAUGGCGUUAUUGUAUGAAACCGUUCCGGCUUUCGAGGAUACAUGGAUCGAAUGCCUAGGAGACCUUGGACGCUACCGGAUGGCUAUCGAAGACGAGGACGUCCGCGACCGCGAGACCUGGGCAGGCGUCGCACGCUCUUGGUAUACCAAAGCUGCUGAUAAGAAUCCUACUGUGGGUCGAUUGUAUCAUCAUUUGGCCAUUCUGGCGCGGCCCAAUGCCCUCCAACAGAUGUACUACUACUCCAGGUCUUUGACUUGCGUCAAGCCAUUUCAGAGCGCGCGGGAAUCGAUCUUGACUCUGUUGGACCCGAUUCUUGGUCGUGCAGGCGCAACUCUUACGCAUGCUCUAGCGAUCGAUACCAGCUUCAUCAAAGCACAUGGUCUACUGUUCGAAAAGUCGCCAGUAAUGGAUGUCAAAGGUCAGGACGAGUUCCUCAGCGCAAAGGCAGAGUUUAUUGGAAAUUUGGACAAUCAUAUCGGACGUGUGACAGCGAAGUGGAAGGAGCAGGGCGUAUAUAUCGCAGUGACCAACAUCGCCAGUUGGUUUGAAUAUGGGCUGAACGAGAACAUUCUUCGCCAGGCUUCCCUUCAUCCGAUCAACUUGAAGGCACAGGACCCCUCUCAAAACGCUGUUGAAGACAAGAUCCGGAGUGCAUCCUCAGCUGACCAACAGAACCCAACGAAACCGAUACUAAGUGAGAAAGAUAUCUCGGAGGCGCUGAAAGGAGAUGAGGCACACGGGAUAAAGCCAUGGGCAAUGCGUGGCACAAUUCCCAACGCCAAACUAAUUACUCACGAGACUUUUGCUCUCGUCCUUCGCCGCAUUGGCGACAAGAACGUGCUUCCUCACGUACACAUUAUGCUCGCUUUUCUUUCCAGCUUCGCUUCUAGUAAAUACGUUUCCGAUCUCAUUCAAGAUGCACCUUGGACUGAACUCGUUGCUUUUCUGAAUACCUUGGUCAAGACUGAGAACCAGAUACAAAGUCAGUCGCAAACGCAAACACCAAACAUCAAUGAUUUGUUGGCCUCAAAUGUAUUCCCUGGAGAGGGGGAAAGGGGCGACGAGCUACCGCUGCCGGAAGAUUACCUCGUGCGAGGCUUGAUCUGGGCGGACGAUUACUUUCCCAAGAAAUGGUUCGAAAGGGAGCACGACGAGGAAGAGCGAUACCUGGAAUUAGCAAGUACAGUGAAGAACCGUAUGGAGAGGGUAUUGAGGCUUGGUUAUUCUAUUGCGAAGCAUCAAACUUGGAUCACAUACGACAAAGACUCGCAUACAUUCUCUGUCAGAUGA